CGACCAGCGCCGGUCGCACGCAUGGGCCGCGCUCCGUGACGGCAUGCACGCGCUUGCCGCGCUCGCGGCUUGCUGCGUGGUCGCCCGCGCCGAGCCCGCCGCGCGGCUCGCACCGCGAAACUCCACCCCCUCUCACGUCCUCCAGUGCAGCGAUGGACUCGUCCUACCCGCCUGGAAACCCCUCGAAGAUGUCCCCACUCUUGAACUCGCUAUGCGCGGCGUCAUCUACUUCAUCUCCCUCAUGUAUCUUUUCAUCGGAGUCUCCAUCGUCUCCGACAGAUUCAUGGCCGCCAUUGAAGUCAUCACGUCCAGGGAAAAAGAGGUGCGCGUGCGGCGGAACGGAAGCGAGCAAAUUGUCGUCGUCCGAGUAUGGAACGAAACUGUUGCCAACCUAACCCUGAUGGCGUUAGGGUCUAGUGCUCCAGAGAUCUUACUCUCAGUUAUCGAGAUAGCCGGGAAGGACUUCGAAGCUGGUGAUUUAGGGCCGGGCACCAUCGUCGGCUCCGCUGCUUACAACUUAUUCGUCAUCAUGGCCAUAUGCGUUGUGGUCAUCCCUGAUGGAGAAGUGCGCAAGAUCAAGCAUCUCAGGGUUUUCCUUGUGACUGCAACUUGGUCGAUUUUCGCGUACGUGUGGCUCUACCUCAUCUUAGCAGUGAUAUCACCCAGCGAAGUAGAAGUUUGGGAGGGAGCUGUGACCUUCCUUUUCUUCCCGGCGACAGUUUUAACAGCAUACAUUGCGGACAGACGACUUCUAGUCUACAAGUAUUUGAAAAAAGGAUACCGAGUUAAUGAACGCGGAGUCAUCGUGGAAGCAGAAGGCGAUGGCUCUGUCGAGAUGGCAUUGAAGCCGAGUGGUGAUGAUUUCGCAUCAGAUGAUGAGGAGGGCCGUGAGAUUGAGAAGUCUCGAAGAGAAUACGUGGCAGUUCUUCGAGACUUAAGGAGACAGCAUCCGGAAGAAGAUCUAGAUACUGUGGAGCGAAUGGCGUUGGAGACUCUCAUGUCUCGCGGUCCAAAGUCCCGAGCAUUUUACCGAGUGGCCGCAACAAGGAAAAUGACCGGCGGUGGGGAUUUCUCGCGAAAAAUAUCUGAGCGAGCUCAAAGUGAUCUGAGUGAAGUGAAAGCUGAAUUGCAGAGGCGUGAGUCUGGUUCUCCGUCGAUCGAGCCAAAGGGUCCUAAUGUCAGAUUUGACCCUGAUCAUUAUACUGUGAUGGAGAACUGUGGUUCUUUUGAAGUGAGAGUUGUCCGCGGCGGAGACCUAACUGGGGAGAUUUCCGUGCAGUAUACCACGGAAGAUGGCACUGCUGAAGCAGGUUCAGAUUAUGUGGCUGCUCAAGGCUCUUUGCUGUUCAGGCAUGGCGAGACAGAGAAGACGUUUAGCGUCCAAGUGAUCGAUGAUGACGUGUUUGAAGAAGACGAGCACUUCUACGUGCGUUUGACUUCUCCAAAGAACGCUUCGUUGGCUUCCCCGUCCACGGCGACUGUAGUGAUUUUAGACGAUGAUCAUUCCGGUGUGUUUUCGUUCCCCCAACGGGACUUCGAGCUGACCGAGUCAGUGGGGACUUUUGAUCUUCGGGUGAUGAGAACGGCCGGCGCCAGGGGCAAGGUGCGGAUACCGUACUGGACGGAGGACGGCACAGCGAAGAGUGGUGCUCAGUAUGAAGCUGCGCAGGGACACAUCGUCUUCGAGAACAACGAAACUGAAAAAUUCAUCCCCCUCCACAUAAUAGAAGAGGACAGCUACGAGAAGGAUGUGCUGUUCUACGUAAACCUCGGCGAGCCAGAGUUACUAGGAGAAGUAUUUGAGACGUUUCUGCCAGACGUUUCUGCGAAGAUCACCGUCGAAUUUUCUCCUGACGAUGACCAUCCUGUUGUGCCUGGCGACGAAGUGACCCACUUGGCGACCUUGCCUGAGGAGGAGGCGGUGGUGGCCAUGAUGGGGCUGCCUCGCUCUGGAGAGAUCACCAGGGCACAGCUGAGGAUUAAAGAGAACAAGGAGUUUAAGAACACUGUAGAUAAGUUAGUCCAAAGAGCAAACGCUUCCAUUAUAAUUGGGACUUCGUCGUGGAAGGAGCAGUUCACAGAAGCUUUGACUGCCAGCUCAGGUUCAGAUGACCCUGAUGAACCACCAUCGUGGUCUGAUUACAUACUUCACGUAGUUACGCUCUUCUGGAAGAUCAUAUUCGCUUUCGUUCCUCCUACUGACAUCGGUGGCGGCUAUGUCUGCUUCGUGGUGUCCAUUAUUUGCAUCGGGCUCGUGACGGCCGUCAUAGGCGACGUGGCGUCUCACUUCGGCUGCACCCUCGGCAUCAAGGACUCGGUCACUGCCAUCGUCUUUGUGGCUUUGGGGACUAGCAUACCAGAUACUUUCGCCAGCAAAGUAGCAGCCAUCCAGGACAAGUACGCGGACGCCUCCGUAGGCAACGUCACAGGUUCCAACGCCGUCAACGUCUUCCUGGGAAUCGGGGUGGCUUGGACCGUCGCCGCCAUUGUGCACUGGAGCAGGAACGAGAAGUUCCUUGUUGAUCCUGGAAAUCUAGCCUUCAGCGUCACGAUGUUCUGCUCGGAAGCCUGCCUCGCUGUGCUGGUCCUGGUCCUCAGAAGACGCAAGUCCAUCGGUGGCGAGCUCGGAGGCCCUCGUUGCGCCAAGAUCGUUACUUCCAUCUUCCUUUUCUCUCUCUGGCUCUUCUACCUUACCGUUUCCAGCUUGGAAGCUUACGACGUCAUCCAAGGGUUUUAAUCUAGUAUUUGUAGGUUUUGUUUUGACUGAUGCUUCGCUUGGACUGAAGCUGAUUGUGUUACAAUGUGGACUUUUUCAGUACUUGGAAAAUUUUUGGUGAUUAAAAAUUGCCUGUCAUGAGGAAUUUUAAGGUACCUUACGCAAUUUUCGGUUGUAAAACUUAAUUUUUUUUAGAAAGGUCAAUAAUUUUUGUGUUUAAAAAUGAAGCAACAAUACGGUGACAGAAACUAAGGUGUAUUAAAAGUGUCUGUAAAAAAAUCUUGAAUGUCAUUCAAGGGAAAUUAACUUUAACACCUUUUUAUUUCUAGUUUAGGUACUCAAUUAAAACUCAUACAUCCAAAUACUGAAAUAUACCACCAUGAUUUUGAUGAAAGAAAGCGAUAUCAUAGGUUAGAAAGUCGUUGGGCAAUUGGAAAAAUAUCAAUUUUUCAUACGCGAUAGAGGCAUAAUGUGCGGUUGUCAGGAGCCCAUAUCCGUUUGUGAGUGACAAGUUACUGGCUCAUUAUGAAUAAGAAAAGAGAAAAUUGCAUAGCGAUCGAAGUUGAAAGAGUAAAGUAGUACCUGAUUCCAUUUGGUAAGUCCUACAAGUACUACUUUACUAGCUAUUAAGUAUCAAUUUACUUACUGAUUGAUAGGUCAAGAUGUUGCCUAACAAGCAAGCGUGACCUGGUUUUCCUUCAAUUAAUUAUGAUACACGAUAACCACUUUAAGUUCAAAUAAGUUCUAUCUAAAAAGAUUCAGGAGACGUAUUUUUGGAUUGGUCGCAUCUGUCCCAAUCGUGUAAGCAAAUUAGAAUUCAGCAAAUUGCUACCAGUCGUUAUUUGAAGAACAUAAAACCAUGACCAUAACCAUAAAUGAACUUGUUUUAUACUGGCCUAAUGACCUUUUAGGUUUGUUUAAUAAUUAGAAUUCGGACGAUCCUAGAAUACGGACUCAAUAACUGUUGUCUCUUAUCGAAAAUUAAAUAACUCAUUCGAAAACCUUUAGCCUUUAGGAAUAUUUUUUUAAACUUCUAACUGUAGAAUAUUGGUCGGUUACCCUAAAAAUAUGUGCUCAAAUGUACAGAUUUCUUCUUCAACUCCAUUCUUCCUCUAAAUAUUUAUCUUAUAAAAUUUUAUCCAACUGAUAAUAAUUAAUGUAGCCUUGAAGGCUGUGGUAAAAACUUAAAGUUAGACUAAGUGCGACGUAAAAUAACCGUUAUGGUAGUAGACAUAGAGUUACAGUCAGCUGGAAAAGUAUUAAUGAAAAUUUAGAUGUUUUGCAUAAAUAAUAUUUUUAUUAUACCUUUAAGGCUACGCCAUAUUGAAAUAUUUGAAAUUGGAAUAGUAUUCAGUUUCAUUAGACUGGCAAGUAAGACAACUUUGAAAGCGUUGUUAAAAUUAUGGUAAAGGGUUAUUUAGACGUCUUAUAAAAUGGCAGUACUUUUUUCGAAUUAUUAAUUCAUUGAAGUUUAAUUGCAAAGUCGUUUAUUCAGUAACGGCCGCUAACAGGUCGAGUUACCUUAAAAAAGUCGCAAAAUAUUUGUUGAGGUCAAAAGUAAACGUAAUUAACAGGUCCUUUAUGUUAAUUAACGGAAAAUUAAGUACAGAAGCAAGUACAUGUUAAAUUAUCUUCCAGGAAAGUCAUUUCGUUUGUUUGUUUUAUUCGAAUAUUUUUAUUUUACUACUUCGGAUUUUGGAAGAUACGUGCGAUCGUAAAUUGCAUCUAUAAAUCGUCAAAGAGUGGGAGUAUUAUGUAUAGUUUGAUAGCAACUAGUUUCUUAGCUGUUGCUAUCAAAUCAAAUAUCUACAGUAAAGAAUAGUUCUAACAACGACCUGCAACCAGUCGUUAGAUAGAGUUUUGUGUGUCGUGUCUUACGAGCAAUAUAAUAAUAACUUACUCACACUGUGAAACUUAGGGCGGAUUUUUCA